CAAGCGCUCAGGGGUUAGUCCGACUCUGACCCGCUGGUUACCAAGGCGGAGGCAGUGCCGCACUCCCCAGGCCGUUUGGCUGUUGGCUCAGCCUCGGCCGGGCCCCGCCUCGUCACCGUCACCGUCACCGUCACCGUUACCGUCACUCCUGUUAGCGCGAAGCACAGGUUUGACCCUGGUGGACCACUAAGAGAGGGCCUUCAACAGAUGCUCCGCCUCGUGGGAACCUGAGCUAAAGCUACGUUGGAGGCAGACAUCCUUGGCUGCGCCAGGUUAGGAAGAAGAGUGUGCUCUUUCUCCGCCUGGCUCCUGACUUCCCAUCAGCACUGAAGGAUCUGCUGCUGCCCCCACACUGCCUGACUUCGGAGCUAGAGAGUGAGAUCUUCAGAAGAGUCCUCCAGAGUCAGCAGAGGCUGUGUGAUACAGGCCUUCAUGAGCCGGUACCAGGCAGUCCUGCUGGGUCUAGGCCUGCUGCUUAUGCUUCUCCUGUAUGUGGGGCUGCCUGGCCCCUCUGAGAAGACUUCCCAGCUCUGGAGAGGCCCCAAUGUCACAGUUCUGGCUGGUCUCACCCGAGGCAACCCUCAAAUCUUUUACCGGGAGGCGUUGCCUAUCCAGCAGGCACACAGGGCAGAAGUCGUGUUUCUCCAUGGAAAGGCAUUUAAUUCCCACACAUGGGAGCAGCUGGGCACACUGCAGCUGUUGUCCAAGAGGGGCUACCGGGCUGUGGCCAUUGACCUUCCAGGUUUUGGGAGCUCAGCGCCUUCAACUGAGGUGAACACAGAGGCAGGGCGAGCGGAGCUGCUGAAACAGGUACUGCAGAAUCUAGAGGUGCAGAAUGCUGUAUUGGUGAGCCCCUCACUGAGCGGCAGCUAUGCCCUGCCCUUCUUGAUGCGAAGACACCACCAGCUACGUGGAUUUGUGCCCAUCGCGCCUACCUCCACACGGAAUUACACACGGGAUCAAUUCAGGGCUGUGAAGACCCCAACUCUUAUCCUGUACGGGGAACUGGACCACACCUUGGCGCGAAUAUCACUGCAGCAGCUCCACCACCUGCCCAACCACUCUGUGGUGAAGCUGCACAACGCGGGCCAUGCCUGCUACCUCCACAACCCCAAAGCCUUCCACCUCGCCCUUCUCGCAUUCCUUGACCAUUUGCCUUGAAUGGACUCACUUCCCAGAACUGACCUUGAAGGGUCUAGACCCUCUCUCUCCUCUCCCAGGGAGGCUGGCCCUGAGUGGGAUUGAGGACAGAGGAUCAAGCCCAGCCAGGACUUUUGAUUUAAUUUCACAGACACAUUAAAAAAAAAAAAAAGCCCUUUUGUCUGGCUUGGAGAGUGAAAUUGUGUUUCCUGACUUGUGUGGGGAAGCUGGGAGUGGGAGGCAAGUCUGAGCCUGCUCUGGGAUGGAUGGGGAGGCUGGAGGCGGUGCUCCUGUGAGUCUAAGCGAGAGUGUGCUACUUCCUCAUAAUCUGUGCUUCCUUCUCUGUGUCUUAGUUUCCUCCUCUUUAAAAUGGGCAUGGUGACAGUAUCAGGAGAAAUGAUGGUGGGGUUGGAUUACCUGGUAACAUAGGACUAAGGGUGCUUAAAGGCAACUGUUCCUGUGACUGCAGUUCCACAGGGAUUGCUUCGGGAAUACAAAUGACUUCCCAACUGCGUGAGAGCAGU